UCCCCCUGCCACCUCAGAGCACUAUAAACCCCAGACCCCAGGGAGUGGGUCACAAUUGACUGCCUCAAGGUUCCCGGCUAUUUGAACCACCGCGGACACCUCCGUUCCUGGCUACCCCACCCUGAGCGCCAGACACCAUGAACCUUCCUUCCACAAAGGUCUCCUGGGCCGCCGUGUCGCUACUGCUGCUACUGCUGCUGCCGACCGCGCUGCUGUCGCCCGGGGUGGCUGCACAGCCCCUGCCCGACUGCUGUCGUCAAAAGACGUGCUCCUGCCGCCUCUACGAGCUGCUGCACGGCGCGGGCAAUCACGCGGCCGGCAUCCUCACCCUGGGCAAGCGGCACUCCGGGCCCCCGGACCUCCAGGGCCGGCUGCAGCGCCUCCUGCAGGCCAGCGGCAACCACGCCACGGGCAUCCUGACCAUGGGCCGCCGCGCAGGCGCAGAGCCAGCGCCGCGCCCCUGCCCUGGGCGCCGCUGUCCCGCCGCGGCCGCCGUAUCCGUCGCGCCCGGGGGACAGUCCGGGAUCUGAGUCGUUCUUCGGGUCCUGUCCUGGUCCAGGCCUCUGCCCUCUGCCCACCCAGCGUCAGCACCCAGAAAAACGGCAAUAAAGACGAGUCU